AUGCCCGACGGGAUAGUUGCUUCCGAGGCUAAGGACAACACCAACAACAACUUGGUACAUUCAUUCCUCGGACCCAAAUUCCCUGCCGCUAGUGAAUCAUCGAUAAUGUGGUUCAUCCUGCGCUGCCUCGAGUGGACACUUGCUAAACUCCUCUACCGUCGACGAGGCUACGACCACGACCUCUUCUACAAAGGUCUCGCAUUCGGGAAAUAUCCCAACCCAACGUUCACUGUCACAUCGCCGGACUGCGGACCAACCGGUGCGAAGCUCGGCGUUGAGUACUCCCAAUGGGGAUCAGGAAAAGUGCCACAAUUGACAUGGCCAGUGAGUGGUAUAGAAGUCAAGGAAUACCUUAUCAUUAGUGAAGAUCCUGAUGCACCCCUGGGUCAUUCAAAUGUCCAUGGUAUUUACUGUUUCGUCCCCGGAAACAAAACUGGCUUUGGUCCCGACGACCUCGAGCUUCUGGGAGAGGAUAAAAAUGGUUUGAAGCAGAUUAGCAGUGGAUAUCUUGUUGGAAAGAACAGGCGCAAUACUGUGUAUAUUGCACCAAGGCCACCGCUGGGUCAUGGGCCGCAUCGAUACUUUUUUGAGAUUGUCGCCCUUAGCCAGCCAUUGGAUCCUGAGAAGUUGAGCCCCGUGCCUACUAAGCAGGAGUUGUCAGAUAUGAUCAUUGGGAAAGUAUGUGGAUGGGGACUAUGGACGGCGACCUUUGAGCAAAAGUGGUCGAUGUAA